CUAAGGCUGUUGGGAUCGGUGGUGUGCACAGGACAAAGCAAGACGAUGGACCCAAGGUGAAUGACCCCAGGCUCCUCCCAGAUCAGUGUCUUCAGAGGACAGCCAAGGUGGUCUAUAUUUUGGAAAAGAAGCAUUCCCGAGCAGCUACAGGCUUCAUCAAACUUCUGGCAGACAAGAAUAGUGAACUCUUCAAGAGGUGUGCCAUGUUCUCACCUGUGGACCACAGAGUGCCCAGGGUCUACGUGUCCUUGGCUGAUUGCCCUCCAGACUUUGUGACCAGGCCUGAGGACUAUUCAAACAUGCUCUUCAUCUGUCGCAUAGUAGACUGGAAAGAAGACAGUAACUUUGCAACAGGGCAGUUGGCCAAAAGUCUUGGGCAGGCCGGAGAGAUUGAGCCGGAAACGGAAGGGAUCCUGACAGAAUAUGGUGUGGAUUUCUCUGACUUUCCCCCUGAAGCCCUGGAAUGUCUUCCCCAGAGCCUGCCCUGGGUUAUCUCACCUGCAGAGCUGGCCAAAAGAAGAGAUUUAAGGAAAGAAUGCAUUUUCACCAUCGACCCAUCAACUGCCAAAGAUCUUGAUGAUGCUUUGUCGUGUAAACAGCUGCCUGAUGGGAACUUCGAAGUGGGUGUUCACAUCGCAGACGUCAGCUACUUUGUACUGGAAGAAACGGCACUGGAUAAAGUAGCGAGUGAAAGAGCAACUAGUGUCUAUCUAGUGCAGAAGGUGAUCCCGAUGCUUCCCAAGCUGCUCUGUGAAGAGUUAUGCAGUCUCAAUCCCAUGCGAGACAGGCUGGCGUUCUCUGUGAUGUGGAAGAUGACUCCAGAAGGCAAGAUCCUUGAGGAAUGGUUUGGGCGGACGGUGAUCUGCUCCUGCGUGAAGCUAAGCUAUGACCACGCACAGGCUAUGAUUGAAAGCCCCGGGAAGAUGUUCUCACCUGAAGAGCUGCCCCCUGUCUCCCCUCAGCACUCGGUAGCCGAGAUCCAGCAAGCUGUGCUGAGCCUGCACCGAAUCGCGCAGAACCUCCGCAGCCAGCGCUUCAUCGACGGGGCUCUGCGCUUAGACCAG